UUCGGUUUUUGAAAGUUCAGAUUGCCUUCGAUUUUAGAUCUAGAUUAAUUUUAUUUUAUUUUUUGUUAGGUCUCAGAAGUUAUUAAGCUGAAUUAAAAACUGUUCAUUUAGGCAUUUGGAGAUUUCGAAUAGAUUUAGUUUCUAUAUCUUUUUAUCAUAUUGGUCUAGAUCUAGACCCUAAUUAAAAAAUAAUAAAACUUCCAAUUUGACGUUCUACUGCGAGGGGUCACAGGCAGCAGAUAUUCAGAUAUUGUUAGGAGACGAGUCUCUAGCUAGGCAACGAACAGGCACCACGACCACUUUUGCUGAUUGAAUAACUCAAACGUGUACCCUCGACCUGUUUCUGUAUUCAGACUGGGUCUAAGAAACUUUGCAGAAGUCAACACAGUGAUGGGAGAUUUUUCACAGUAUUGCCCUUGCUGUCAGCAUUCUUAUGGAUGGAUAGAAGAAGGUUCUGAAGUACUACCUACUGAGUUGACCUGUCAUCAUACACUUUGCUCCUCAUGUGUUAAGUCUCAGUGGAUUGACAUUGGUGAUUCAGAUGAUACUGUCUACUGUUUCACGUGUUCUAAAAGAGUUGGAAUCUUGUCUUUGAAAAAGUUUCCAGAGCAGGAAAAUACAACCAUUGUUGCAUCGUCUGAUAACAAUCUUGCUGACUCCAGCCAUUUAGUUUUAACUGAGAAAAUAAAGAAAGAAAAAUCUGAAGAUUCAACACAUGUGGGGAAUGAGAAUGACAGUGCAGUAACCUCUGACCCUAAAGACAUAUUAUUACAGGAAUGGGUAAAUUCUAACGUGUCUGAAAACUAUAUUUUUCGGCUGGUCACCACGGGAACAGAGCCAAAUAACAUCAGCAACACUUACAUUCUGGACAAUGGUCUGAUGGUGCAAACCGACACUCAAGAACCUGGGGUGGAUUUGAACCAUGGGAUGGCAGAGGACACAAGUGUGGAAAAAGUGUCAACAGAUACAGGGUUUCCAAGCGCUACAGAUGGGGUCACACUCCAGUCCAAUAUGAUCGGUUCACCGGACCUCAAUUUGAAAGCUCUCCUGCAGAUGCUGGAGAAGAGCUCUGAGAAUUCUCUGGGCUGUGCAUCUGCGGAAAUGUGUGACUUGAAUCAAGACAUAGCAAUGGCUAAUUGCAACAAUCAGAAUAAUGUUGAAGCUGUCAACUGUUCCUCCUAUAUGCUGAAUGUUCCUACCAAUUCUCAUGCAGAUAUUAACAGGGUGGGAAUGACCGAAAAAAUUCUCUGCGAACAGAUAGAAGUGGAAAACCCUUGGCGACCUGUUAUCCAACAAUCAGCCUACAUUCCUAGCCAAGAAAAGUUACCCCAGAGCAAUCAUUGCAGUAUGUAUCGUAAUGUAUUGCCCUAUGCUGAAAAAAACAAUGGCAUCCCCAUUAACUGUCUCGGCACACAGAGCACAGCUUUGCACGAGGUUGGGGAGAUGACUGGGGAUAAUUGGCUUACGCAGCGUGGGGUCUCCCAAAAGAGCAAUCCUAGGUCUAAAAGGGGCAGAAAGAAGAAGCCUCUUUUCCGUCACUUCCAGUCAGAAUUUUUCAUGCGGCCUUAUCUGAAGAGGGAGAACAGCCCUCAGCUGCAGCUUGUAAAGCUGGUACGUCAAAAAGCACAGGAGAAGAAAGCAGAGGAGGUUAAGGCUGCUGAAGCGAUAAUGGUCAAUAAUGAGAAUAAACAUAGCGCAAUGGAGGGGGAAAAGGGUACUUUAGAGGACCCAGAGCUGGCAUUCAUGAAGACUGUGGAUAUGCCGAGCGGCAAAAGAGUAGAAGAUAUAUAUGUGGUGCCACCAGUUUGGAUCAGUAAUGAGAAGCAGAACAUGUCCAAGUUAAACUGCAACAAAGAGCCUCACCAAGCACAUUUACCACAUGGAGGAUCUGGUAUGUACAGUUGUUUCCCUAUGCAGGCACCACAGAGGAUACCUGUACAAGUGUACUCUCAUGGCAGUAGAAACAGCCUGUAUUAUUCUGGUGCUCACAACUCCUACAUCAAACACUAUCCAGGCUACGCACAGCACCAUUCAACAUCUCUGUCAUCCCACCCAGUUCAAAUCCCGACACUGCGAACACUACAUACGUCAAAUGACAACUUUAAACCCAAUCAGAACAUGUAUAAAGUCAUAAAAGGCCAUAUAAUCACAACAUUGAAUGCACCUAAAAUUGGUCCUGUUCCGACACUCAGAGAGAUAUGCAAAGCAGUUUUAGGCAUGCAGGCUCACUCGUCUUCUGACCCUUCCUAUGAUAAUUUAUAUUCUUAUGCUAAUGGCCAUCACCCAUUUAAAUUUACCAAUCAAAAGAUUAAAACCGUCCUUGAGGAUGCUUGUCCUGAGAUCAAGAGUCCUAAAGAAUUUCUGGAUAUAAAAAGUGGUGCUACCCAUCAAGAGUUAAAACUUCCAGAAUCAAGAGUUGAAACAGUUCCUCGUAAAGAAGUUAGUUGUGAAGAUGGUUUUUUAAAAGAGAUGACCUCUCAAAAGGAUCUGAACUCCCAGCCAUCCUUCGGAAGCCACACAGACAACUUCUCCUGCCUCGAUGAUAAUAACAUAAGUGAUAUUUAUGACUCGAGACUUGCAGAUAAGUUCAGCGAUUCUGAAGAGACACUUUCCGAGAACCCUCUUGUCCCUGAAGAUCUGAAACAGAUAGACAGGACUAAAACAUCUUUGACCACAGGAAGUGCCUGUGAAACACAGGCUUUAGCCAGCAAAGGUAAGAUAGGGAUGCAGUAUUAUGAUCCAUUGGUCGACGUCUCAGUUGGAAGGAAACAAGGGAUGACUAACUUUAAAGAAAGUUUAAAAUGUAUGUAUGCGCGAAAUAUUCCCUCGGGUCUGACGAAUAACAACACUGAUUAUGUGAUACCUAUUGUAAGCUACAAGCUAAAAGAACCAAUCAAAAACACUUACAUGAGUAACACCAAGCCCGAGGUCAGGCAGCAGGAGUGUGUAUUCACAAAAAGUGAUAAUUAUAAGAACUACAAUACACACACCUACACUGCCCCAGUUCACCAGCCGAGCUUUUAUCCGAACUGCUUUGACCAGCAAGUCCAUGAUGAUGCCUCAGAUCAGAGUGUGCCUUCUCUCAUUGGGUUAGCUAAACAAAUCAAAUGGCUGUCAUCUAUUGAGCCUCUCAACAAGCAGUUGGCCAACUUGGCCAACACAAUGAACAUGUUAAGCAACGCAGAGAAGACUUUGUUUGAAUCCAACUUGGCAAUGUUUCGCCAAAUGAAAACUGAGAAUGAAUCAAAGCUUGGUCACCUCAGCUUGUGUAUACGAAAACUUGGUGACUCCAUUGUAAGUAUUGGGUGGACACUCCAGCGCUGGUCAAAACCUACGAGCAAUCGAUGUUUCAAGACUAUGGGAGCCCUUACAGACUUAUAUAACUCUAAUAUUAUGGGCCUUGCUGAGUUAAUCACACCCUAUUUUCAUUAUGUCUGCGAGCUGAUAGCAUCCAACCAUUCAAACAGGAUGAACUGGAACAAACAUACAGGCUUCACCAACGAUCAGAUGAAUUGUCUGACAGAGCCUACUCAGAGAGAACCAACUCUUUGGCAUGAGCUGAAUUUAGCGAGUGGUGGGGGCUUCCCAAAGACCAUGCCCUCAUUCACAUAUGAAGAAAAUUCAAAGUCAUCCUCCCCUAAAGAGUUUACCCGACAGGACAAUGAUCAGUCCCUGUCUUCUGAAGAUUUCAUGGAUCGGGAAAGUGAAGCAUCUAACUCUGGACAGACAAGUGCCAAAACUUCACCAAGAAUCAAAGUCCUGGUCAACUCAAAGAGAGGCAGACCCCUGGGCUCUAAAAACGGUCAAAGAAAAUCUAAAGGUCAGCAUUUAAAAGGCAAACCAAAGCGAAGAUUCAAUACAAUAUCAUCAGUAGAUCAUUUGAAUUCUCUCCCUGAUUAUCAGAAUGCAACAGGUUCUUGUCAAUCAAAAAUGCUAAUGCCAAACACGAUCCUUGUCAACAUGUCCUCUGAAAGUUUCUGGAAUGACGCGCAUGCCACAAUGCUAGGCCAAGGCCAGAAUCCUGUUCAUUUGAGCCAUCCAGGGGACAAUGCAGGACACAUGAACACCCACUCUAAACUAAUGUCAGACAGUGGUACAACACCUUGGGGUCUCCAGGGAGGAGACAAAUCACACCUGAGCAUAUCACCAGAGACUUCUGAUGGUGCACUCAAUUUGUUGGACCAGGCCUAUCAGAGUAACUUAGAAGCCCCAGAUCUAAUGAAUGGCUCUACAUCGCUAGACACCAGUGCCGAGAGUAGUCCUGUGAAGAAAACAAAACUAGAAGAUAAAGAAUUGGAUGGCAAUCAUCUGGGACUUGUUUACCAACUAUCCCAGAAUGCCAAUCUCUUACUUCAACAUUCUUCUAUGGAGGACCAAUGUACACCUGGCCUUGACAACAAGAACAGGGGUGAAGCCAGCACUGACGACUAUCAAAACAUUUUCUACAUCAAAACGGAGAACUCAGACGAUGAACUCCAGCUGGACAACCCUAUCUUCACCGGCGACUUAAUCAAGGACUCCAAGAAUGUCCAAGAGAAGUACCAGAUUACUUUUCUGCAGGACUGUCCCACUGGAGGUUUGGACCCGGAUGUUAAAACUUUGAUGACGGGCUCGAUUUACUCUGGUGGUACUGACCACACGAAAUUGGGCUCACACCUCACAGCGGACUUAGCCAACGACAUGGAUGACUUCAGCACACACCCAGAUCCCAAUGACAGUAUGGGCACUUUGUGCCAUGGGGAAGCAAACAUGAAUGACAAUUUGAUGAGCCUAUGUGUCAGUGACCAGGUUGACGGUGACAAUUUAAACCUCUGUCCUAGUGAUGUCUUUGGCAUGUCUUCAAGUGAUAACAAUUCCAUGUUACACAGUUCCACAUUUGAUGAGCACUUAGGAUAAGCUAUUGCCUUUUUGUUUUCUAAUUUGUUUAUUCAACAUUUUCUGGAUGGAAUAGAUUUUGCAUGUUUUGCAAGGAGUCUUAUUAUUUAAAAAAUACAAAAUGAUUGUUUAGUAAAGUCAUAAAGGUUUCACAAACCGGUAACUUAUAAGAGAGCUUUUUUUAUGGUUAAUGCUAGCGGCUAGGAUUCAAUGAAUACCGGCAUUAUAGAAAAUAUUGCAUAAAUGUUUGUGAAAGAUUAUGUUGUAUAUUCUUUUCUUUUUUUUUUCACACUUAAAAAAUCCAUUUUGGCUUGCAAGGUAAUUUACAUUGCUGUUAGAAUUUUUAAAAAUUGUCAGUAUACAUUUGUUUUAGUCUUAGAACUGGUGAUCUUUUAAAAUAUUAUGAAUGUGCAAAUAUAGAGUUGAAAAAAAUUGUCCGUAUAAAUUUGUUUUAGAACUGGUGUAGACCUUAUAAAAUAUUUCCAUCGUCCCAACAUAAAAUAUAUAGGUUGGUGUUAAAUUCAAUUUUAUGAUAUUAUAGUUUUAAUAAACUGGGUACUAAAAUAAUGCUGUGAUACUACAAUUCUAAUUGCUGUCAUUGAGUGCAUUUAAUUUUUUUUUUUUUUAAAUGUCAUGUUACAGCUCUUAAAAAAUAUGUGCAGUAAAACGUCUCUUGAACAGAUAUCACAUUCAAAUGAAAAAAAGGUUUUUCCCCACUGGAAGAUACAUGCUCAUAAACCUACGAGUCAAAAGUAGCUAGCUAAAAACCAAGCCUGAGAUUUCAAGCAUAAGCUUGUUGAAACAGCAUUAUCAAUGAAAUGUGUUUAUAGCAAAGGAGUUAUUCCUGGCUGGUCUAGUGUGUUGUUGUGGUAAGAUAGUUGUGCUUUCUGUCAUGUGCCAUAAAUUUUGUUAUCUGCAAUAAAAUGAGAUAAGUGUUAUCUGGCUGUAGACAUUGACCCCCCCAGUAGAACAAUUGUGAUGUGAAAUGUAUUAGAAAUUUAUUCUAACAUUUUUUAACUAUGUGAUAAUGAUUUUUUUUUUUUUUUGAAAAGCUAAUUUUGCAGUUUUAAUUUAACAAGUGUACAUUAACAGCACUGUUGCCUGUUUAACAAAACA